AUGGGUGCAAACCAAUCUCAAAUGGGCGGUGGCCCGCCCGGCGGUGACAAGGACAAGAAGGGCGACAAGAAGGACAAGCCCAAGUACGAGCCCCCGCCGCAGCCCACCACCCGCCUCGGCCGCAAGAAGAAGAAGAACGCCGGCCCCAACGCCGCUUCCAAGCUCCCGACCGUCUACCCCACCGCCCGCUGCAAGCUCAGGUAUCUGCGCAUGCAGCGCAUCCACGACCACCUGUUGCUGGAGGAGGAAUACGUUGAGAACCAGGAGCAGAUCCGGAAGUCCAAGGCUCAGGCUCAGAACAACGCCCCCGUAUCAGCUGGCGGCGAUGCGGACGCCAUGGACAGGAACGCCGAUGAGAGGAGUAGAGUGGAUGACAUGAGAGGUAGCCCGAUGGGCGUUGGCAACCUGGAAGAGCUUAUCGACGACGACCACGCCAUCGUCUCGUCCGCCACCGGCCCCGAGUACUACGUCUCCAUCAUGAGUUUCGUCGACAAGGACCUGCUCGAACCCGGCGCAUCCAUCCUGCUACACCACAAGUCCGUCUCCGUCGUUGGUGUGCUGACCGACGACACCGACCCCUCCGUCUCGGUGAUGAAGCUCGACAAGGCCCCGACCGAAUCGUACGCGGAUAUUGGAGGUCUGGAGUCGCAGAUUCAGGAAGUAAGAGAAGCAGUCGAGCUUCCGCUGCUGCAUCCGGAGCUGUACGAGGAGAUGGGUAUCAAGCCGCCGAAGGGUGUCAUUCUCUACGGUUCGCCCGGUACCGGCAAGACGCUACUGGCCAAGGCCGUCGCCAACUCGACAAGCGCAACAUUCCUGCGCAUCGUCGGCUCCGAGCUGAUCCAGAAGUACCUUGGUGACGGUCCCAGGCUAGUACGCCAGCUCUUCCAGGUCGCCGCCGAGAACGCCCCGUCUAUCGUCUUCAUCGACGAAAUCGAUGCCAUUGGUACCAAGCGUUACGAGUCGACGUCCGGUGGUGAGCGUGAAAUUCAGCGUACCAUGCUGGAGCUCCUCAACCAGCUGGACGGUUUCGACGACCGCGGUGAUGUCAAGGUCAUCAUGGCCACCAACAAGAUCGACACCCUCGACCCCGCCCUCAUCCGUCCUGGUCGUAUCGACCGCAAGAUCCUCUUCGAGAACCCUGACCAAAACACCAAGAAGAAGAUCUUCACCCUCCACACCUCCAAGAUGUCCCUCAACGAGGACGUCGACCUCGACGAGUUCAUCAACCAAAAGGACGACCUCUCUGGUGCCGACAUCAAGGCCAUCUGCUCCGAAGCCGGUCUCAUGGCCCUGCGCGAGCGCCGCAUGCGCGUCCAGAUGGCCGACUUCCGCACCGCAAGAGAACGCGUGCUCAAGACGAAGAACGAGGGCGAGCCUGAGGGUCUGUACCUCUGA